GCUCACCACUGAACCCCCUGUCGUCUGCUGUGCUGUGCGCGUAUCCCGCUAUGUGCUAGCAUGUUGUUGUCAUAGUUAUUGUCGCCAAAACGUCGCUGCCAGAAUGGUGAAGCAGUCGCGAUAAACACAUUUUCAAUAAUGGCUGACCGAAAGGGAAGCACUGUCGCUCCAGUCAAAACACUGUCAAGGAGAGAAAAAGAAGUACUCAAGAAAAAGGAACAAGAAAAGGCAGCAGUUGUCUUUGAAGAAUUUUUAGCAUCAUUUGAGCCCAGCCAGAAAAGUGGAGUGAAAACGUUUGUUCGCGGAGGCAUUGUAAAUGCAACAAAAGAAGAGAAAGCAGCAGAACUCACAAAAAGUAAACUUUAUCGACCUGCCACAAAGUUUGUUCCUCCUUCUGAGGAUGUCUAUUCAGAGAGCAAAAAGUCUGCUUUUAAAAAAAAGGUGGAUGACAAGAAGAAGAGCAACUUGGAGCUGUUUAAAGACGAACUGAAGCUCAUACAGGAGGAGCGUGAGGAAAGAUACAAAAGGGAGCAUAAUGAACCAGGUGGAGGAUAUGGAAGUGUGGACUCACCAUUUUUAGGACGACCAACGUUUUACGACGACCCAACAGUGCCAACCACCACUAAUCUCUACCUAAGCUGCAUCAGUCCAAAAAUGAAUGAGGAGAUCCUUUGCAAAGAGUUUGGUAAGUAUGGUCCUCUGGCCAGCGUGAAGAUCAUGUGGCCCCGCACGGACCUGGAACGCUGCAGGACGUCCAACAGAGCCUUUGUGGCCUUCAUGACACGGAAAGAUGCAGAGCGAGCUUUGGCGGCACUUGAUGGUAAAAUGAUUAUGGGCUUAAAAAUGAAGCUUGGAUGGGGCAAACCAGCUCGAAUUCCACCUCAGCCGCUGUACACUCCGUCAGGGCUGAGGGCCGCACCGCCACCUCAGUCUGGUCUUCCUUUUAACGCCCAGCCUAGGGAUCGCUUACGAAAUGACUUCACCAAACCACUGGCCCUGUCCAAAGGAGCGAUUGACAAGACUCUGUCCGAAGCCGUAGUCAAAGUGGUUAUCCCGAGCGAAAGAAAUGUGUUGGUCCUCAUCCAUCGAAUGAUAGAGUUUGUGGUGCGUGAAGGUCCGAUGUUUGAAGCAAUAAUAAUGAACAAAGAAAUAAGCAACCCGGAUUACAGGUUCCUUUUUGAAAAUAAAAGUCAAAAUCAUGUUUACUAUCGCUGGAAGCUAUUUUCCAUUCUUCAGGGGGAGUCUGUGACCAAGUGGAGGACCUCAGAAUUCCGUUUGUUCCGUGGAGGCUCCCUUUGGAGGCCGCCAACAUUGAACAGCUACGACAUGCACUGGGACGACGAAGAGGACGAGGCUGAGUCUCCCGAGGAGCAGGUGAAGAAAGGCCAGCUCAGAGCCGAGCACCGGCAGAAGCUGGAGGCACUGCUUCAGGAGCUCACCCCCAGCAGAGGGGAUAUCGCCGACGCCAUGUUGUUCUGUCUGGAGCGGGCCGACGCAGCGGAGGAAGUAGUGAAACACGUCACUGAAUGGUUCUCCUCGCCUCAGACGUCUCUUCAAAAGAAGAUCGCAAGCUUGUAUCUGGUGUCGGACAUUUUGUACAACUCCUGUGCCAAAGUAGCCGGGGCCUCAUAUUAUCGUAAACACUUUGAAUCGAAGUUAGCGGGGAUAUUUGGCGAGCUUCACGACGCGUACAAGAACAUACAAGCCAGGCUGCAGGCUGAACAGUUCAAGCAAAAGAUUACGAGUUGUUGUCGAGCUUGGGAGGACUGGGCCGUUUACCCUCAGCCUUAUCUCAUCCACCUGCAAAACAUCUUCCUGGGCUUUGCCACAGCUGAAGAGGAGUUGAUAGAGGAGGUGGAGGAACCUUCUUUGGACCUGGAUGGUGCGCCCUUGGACAGUAGUCUAAUAGACGGGCUACCUUUGCAGAAAGGGCGAGCAGAUCACCUUGACGACUGGGAUCCUCUGGAUGGAGAGCCUGUGGAUGACAUAGACGGCGUUCCCUUGGGAAGUGUUGUCGAUGACAUUGAUGGAAUGCCACUGGAUGAAAGCAAAGUGCCUUUGUCCAAGUGGGAGAAGACGGCUGAUGAUGGGAUGUCUUCUCAAGGCCUGUCCGAGUCCAGGUGGAGUGCUGCGUCAAGCAGGGACAAUGAAGUAAACGUACGACGUGUCAACUCGCCAGAUGAAGACAACUCCUCGAGCGACAGCAGCGAGGACUCCAGCAGUUCCCCCAAAAUUGACACUGCACGAUUUCAAAGCUCACUCAGAAGUUUCGAGAUGUCUGAGAGCAAAAGAAAAAGGCUGAGAGAGCUGGAAUUGAAGGUUCUGAAAGUCCAAGAUGAGUUGGAGAGUGGAAAAAGGCAGAAGAAACCUGGAAUGAGCAUCCAGCAACACGUGGAGCAAUACAGGAAUAAACUUUUACAGAAGGAGUUUGAAACCGAUGAUGACGCAAAGCCAGAGAAACCAACGUCCAAAUCUAAAGAGAGAUCAACAGACGACAGAAAGGACAGAAAGAAGAGCAAAAGAAGCGAAGACGGAGACAGACAACUGAGUCGGGAUUUAGACAAGCACAGCCAGAAAUCCAACAGCAUCGCUCCUUUAAAACAAUCCAAACGAUCCCGAUCUCCGUCUCCAGACCGAAGGGGACGCAGGUCCAGGUCACAGUCCCCACAUCGCUCCCAUAAGAAGACAAAGAAGAGUAAACAUUGACUGUGGACUCACACAGUGCUCCGUUGUCUUGGUCCCAAACACAACAAUUCUGAUCUCUUUUGUAUCAUAUUUGGACACUAAUCAACUAUAUUUUUCUUUUUUGUUUGUUUGUUUAUUAAAAGAACUUGAAAUGUGCAAUGUUCAGACAUUAAAUCACUCUUAGUGAUUCUA